GACAAAAUAUAGCUCGCAGAUCACAUCCGUCCUGGCAUCAGAUUGGAAUGCCGCGGAGUGUCGCUGACGCAGUUCUUACGGUGUUGGUCAGUCAUUGAUCAUAUGAUCCAACAUUGCACACCUUUGAAAUCAUGUCACUGCACUUUACAGAGGACGAGUUUCAAGCGGCAUGGAGAGAGCUGGAUGAGCCGCAGGUGGAAGGAUGGGAGUUGUUUACAGAGACGAUGGGAGUCAAAAUAUAUCGACGCUACAAUCAGGAAACUGGCCUCUAUGAGUACAAAGUUUUUGGCUCUCUAAACUGCACUCCAGACCUGUGCGCUGAGGUUUACAUGGACUUGGCCUACAGGAAACAAUGGGACAGCUAUGUGAAAGAGCUUACUGAAAAAGACUAUGAUGGGCAGUCUGCAAUUUACUGGGAAGUGAAAUAUCCCUUCCCGUUGUCGAACAGAGAUUAUAUCUACGUGAGAGAACGCAAAGAUCUUGAUAUAGAUGGAAGAAAGAUUUGGGUGAUCUUGGCCAGGAGCUCUUUGGUAUCUCAGUGCGCGGAGAAGAGUGGAGUGAUCAGAGUGAAAGACUACAAGCAGAGUCUGGCUAUAGAGAGUGAUGGUAAUUGUGGCACUAAAGUCUUCAUGAACUACUUUGAUAACCCCGGUGGCAUGAUACCAACUUGGCUGGUGAACUGGGCUGCUAAGAGUGGUGUUCCAGGCUUCCUCACUGACAUGCAGAAGGCUUGCAACAACUAUCAGAACUACUGCAAGAACAAAAAAUGACAUGGCUGAGGCUGCAAAAAUACACAGAUUCUCUACAUGGAAUAUUAUUUUAUGUGCUGUCCGUCCCUCUAUGCUGCGGUGAACCUCUUAGCUUUUGGAUCUUGUCCAGGGGCAUUGGUGAGCUUUUAAUUACUGCAAACAAAAUGAAUUUGGUGCUGUGGUGGCCAAUUUGUACUUUAUGAUUGGUAGUCUUAGUAUUUUACAGAAUGUAUCACUUGAACUAGCACAUACUUCAAAGUUUAUGUCAUAAAAUCACACAAGAGGUUUUACUAAUGUGAUACGUAUAUUGACAACAUCAUGAUCCUGUAGUAUUUUAUCUGUUGAUUUUAAGGAUAUUUUUUUCAUUGAUGGAUACAUCGGUUUGCGUGUACUGUAUCUAUAGGUUCUAGGAUAUCUAGGAUGCUUCCUUAUUUGAACCUUGCACUCACUGUUUUGCAACUGUGUUGUUUUCUGAUUUUGUUCUGAACAAUCUUGCACUGAAAAUCAUUAAUUUCCUUGAUGGUGUACUGCUGACCCUAGAUUUGUUUUCUUUGGAGAAAAAUCAAGGUGUUUGGAUGGUGAUUGUCUGUGCUGUACUUUCCUGAGGACAAACUGUAUGUAGCCUAAGACAAAACAUUUUAUAUUUAGAAGCUGGAACAAAUUAAUUUCUUGAGACACUGGGCACUUGAAACAAAGGACUAUCCUACUCAACAACUUCAUUCACAAAAUGACUUGUGCUUCUGCAGGUGGCUGCAGUGGGUGAUUCUGAAUUCACAAUUUUUAUAUCACCUAUGGUUUGCUACCUUCAUAUGGUGUAAAAAUGUUACACUGCAGGGCUGGUAUUAAAAAUCCUGUUGUUGGCUGAUGCAAUGCAUUGGGCAAAACUACA